CAUUCCUGCACAUAGCAGUAGGUUUUCACUACUGCUGUGGUGCUGUUGGCGUCGUGUUUCCAGACUACUGUUGUAGUAAUGUCGCAGCACUGUUGUGGUAGUGCUGUGGUACAAAUACUCUUGUGCUACUGUUGCACAAAUAGUGUAGUACCAGGCAGGGUUCCCAUAUCAGUUUGCUUCAGAUGAAAGUGAGUGGACGCCAAAAGUGAAAAGUUUACUAAAGCGAGGACAAGUCAUUCAAAAGCAGUAAAAUGUGGAGAGCAGUGGUCAUUCUUGUUUGUGUAUGCUGAGUGACGAAAGUAUGACGUCAUGUGCUUAUCGUCGCCAAUUACACACCGGUGAGCGCUCCUUUUGUGCUGUGCGAUAAUAAACGGGGCUGUCUUCUUUCAGAAAAUGGCCAAAUAUGUGAUUGUUUCGAAGUGAAGGAGAAAUUUUGAUACACCAAAAUGACGUCACAUAAAUCGGCAGGUGAAUGCCUCGCUCGGGAAGAAGCGACCGAGCGAGAGCUCUGUCUCUUGGUCGCCCCCUCAUCCCAUCUCUGCUGCUAGCUCGACGGGUUCCCUUUAGCUUAGCCUAGCGACCUGCUAGCCGUCAGCAUCAUGUCGCAGGCGCUUUCAGAGGAGGAGUUUCACCGUAUGCAGGCUCAGCUACUGGAGUUGAGGACACACAACUACCAGCUGUCUGAUGAGCUGAGGAAGAACUCUGCUGAGCUGACCAACCUGCGUCAGAAAAAUGUGGUGUUGGAAAGAGAUUUUGUCAAAGCACAGAAAGCUUUGAAUAAGAGCAAAAGAGCCCAGGAAGUGGAAGCGCUGCUGAGCGAGAAUGAGAUGCUUCAGGGGAAACUUCACAGUCAGGAAGAAGACUUUCGACUGCAGAACAGCACGCUCAUGGCCGAACUUUCCAAGUUGUGUAUGCAAAUCGAGCAGCUGGAACAGGAAAACCGGCAUCUCAAGGCAGAGGGCGAGGACGCAGAUUCCCGGCUGAGCCCCAGCGCCACCUCCAGUCCUGCCGAUGAAGCGCUGCUGCGCCUCCAGGCCGAGAACGCCACGCUGCUGAAGAAAGUGCGAGCUCUUCAGGAGCAUUGUCACGGCGAGCAGCCGAGAUCUGCGCUUUCUCAGGGCGACCAAAAUGCUACCUCACAGCCAGACAGGGCGGCGAGCGCCAACGGCGUGUCUGAUAUCCACGGCAAAGGGGAGGAGCCUGCAACAGAAUUGGGCGAUGUGAGCGGGCAGCAGAACCAAGCUCAGCUGGAACCAACGCAGUUACAUGGCCUGUCAGAGAAGAGCGUAGAGGAGAUUGUAGCUAAGCACUCAGCGCUAGGCUGGUCGGCUGCACUGUGUCCAAUAACUCACUGCUUUGGAGCAGAGCUGGAGGUCGCCCUGAACACCCAGACCGAGGAGAAGAGGCUGCUGAGGGAGCAACUGCGCCACCUGGAGGUGACCAAACAGGCCGAAGUCUCCAAACUGCAGGAUGAAUUGUCAAAGCUGUCGGACAAGUUAAGGAAGAAACAGGAGAGUUUCCAGCGUCUUCAUGCGGAGAAGGAGGUUCUGUACAAUGACAGCAGGACAAAGAUUGAGGAGAUCAACCAGAGGAAAGAGGAGGAGCUCAAGUUGAUGAAUACGCGAAUGCAGAAGCUUCAGUCGGACUUGGCGGCGGCCAAUCAGGUGACAACAGAGUUGAGAGAGAAGUUUCAAUCCAGCGACAAAGAACACCAGCUGGCUGUGAACGCUCUCAGAGAUCAGGUAGCAAGUCAGAGUGCGGUGAGUCAGGAGCAGGUGGACAACAUCCUGCAGGAGAACGAUGCUCUGAGAACUAAUUUAGCUGCUCUAGAACAGAUUCAGACGAGCAAGAUGCAGGAGGUCACCUUGCUGCGCGAGCAGCAGGAGGCGCAGGCGGCCGAACUGCAGCAGAGUCGAGCGGAGCAAGAGAAGCUCCUGGCCCAGAGGGAUGACCUGGACUCGCAGCUGCAGGAGUCAAGUUUUGCAAACCGGAAGUUGCUGGAGCAAUUAACAGAAGAAGGACAAGAAAAGGAGAAGCUGCUGAGGGAGCUGGAAGAGAGCAAGAAGACGGCAGAGAAAAGGAAGGCCAUGUUGGACACUAUGGCCAUUCAGCUAAACCAGGAGGCAUCCAACCACAAGGAGGCGCUGUCGGACCUCAAACUACAGCACGAGAAGGAGGUGCUUGGCGUGAGGGGGCGCUAUGAGAAGGAACUGCGAGGUCUUCACGAGGAGAAAAAUCGCUCCGAGGAGGACAUCCGGCAACAGCUCCGAGACGAGAAGGCUCGGAGCAAAGAGCUGGAGAGUCUUCAGGCCAAAGUGCAAGAACUUCACAGUCAGCUACAGUCCAUGGAAGAAACCAAAGGAUGGUUUGAACGGCGGCUCAAUGAGGCCCAGGAAAACACAGACAAGUUGACGCUGGAACAUCAGGAAGCGAUCAGAACUCUCCAGGACCAACACACACUUGAUCUACAGGCCAAGCAGGCCGAGGCGGAAGCCGUCCACGGGCAGAUGUUAGAAAUCCAGAAUCAGCGAGAUGAACACUACGGCGCCAUCGCCAAACUCAAGCAGGAGAUCAAAGACACGGUGGAUGGACAGCGGAUUUUAGAGAAGAAAGGAAGUGCGGCGUUGAAGGACUUAAAGAGACAGUUGCAGCUGGAAAGGAAGCGAGCAGACAAACUGCAAGAGAGACUUCAAGAAAUCCUAACCAACAGCAAGAGCAGAACAGGUUUGGAGGAGCUGGUCUUGUCCGAGAUCAACAGUCCCAGUCGCACUCAGCAAACGGGAGACUCGUCCUCGGUCUCGUCCUUCUCCUACCGAGACAUGAUGAAGGAGAGCCAGAGCGCCGGUCAAAACAAGUCGGGAGGAGGAAGUCCUCAGUGUCAGCGUGCCGCCGAGCUGUCCGACGACGAGCUGGGUGAGCUGUUCCAGAGGCUCGCCGAGGUCCAGCAGGAGAAGUGGAUGCUGGAGGAGAAGGUCAAACAUUUGGAGGUGAGCUGCUCGUCCAUGGCAGAAGACAUCUGCAGGAAGAGCGCCAUCAUCGAGUCUUACGUCAUGGACAGCCGCAUAGACGUGUCAGGCGGGGCGGCGGGCGGUCACGGAGCGGCUCAGGUUGACCGAGGAGGUCUGGGGUCCGUCUUGAGGGACCUGGUCAAAUCUGGCGACGAGAACCUGCGCGAGAUGAACAAGAAGCUGCAGAACAUGCUGGAGGAGCAGCUGACCAAGAACAUGCACCUUCACAAGGAUAUGGAGGUUUUGUCCCAGGAAUUAGUCCGUCUCAGUAAAGAACCAGCUCCUGAUGCUAAUUCAGCCGGCUCCGGUUGAGACUACUUCCCGAGUCAUCCGUCCAUUUGCCCCAAAUAUCAGAUGGAAGACCAGGUCAGACGAGCACCCGCCACUGAUGUCUUGCGGGCCCUCGAGCGUUAUUUUAGCCGGUGAUUCCCAACCAGUGUGUGCCGAGGCACAUUUCACGUCAUUGAUCAGAAAAUAAUUGAUUUUUUAAAAAAAUACUCUCAUCGUUUAUCAUCCAUCUAUGCUCGUGACUGGUGACGGGCAGAACAAAUAAAUGAUCUUCUAUUAGAUGGCAGAAAGUAUCUCAUGGACAUGCGUCGCCACUUUUUGGGACGUUUCUGUUGGGUGGUGUGCCGUGAGAUUAUUUUUUUUUUUCCAACUCCAAAUAUGUGCCCUGGCUCAAUAAAGGUUGGGAAUCACUGAUUUGGGCUAUGAUUAAAUGCUGGAAUGUCUCCAUCCAUCCAUCCAUCCAAAGCGUGCAGGAAACGGAAAUGUUUAGCCUAUCGUUGUUUCUUAACGAAUGUACCGUCACUGAAUCAUCCCAAAAAGUCACGUGAUUCGGUUGCGCUGGACCCUGGCUACGACCCGACGACCUCCAUUGCAAAGAAUCCGUUGUACAGAGCCCCUACAGUGAAAGAAAGAAUCCCCGUUUGAGGUGUGUCGUGUCUAGGGUCCCGUCACUUCAGGCCUUCACGCUGUGUCGGCUUGCGUCCACGCGCUGGCCGAGGAGCAGGAGCUCUGACGUGACAUUUACAAUCAAAGUCUUUUGCUUUGUGGCUGCAACUCUGCCAGAGCAUGCGUUGUUGCACUUUCUUUACGCCUAAUCAAAAGCAUAUAAUGAAUGUGAGUGAGAUAUGAAUAUAUAUAUAUAUAUGAAAAAGAACAGUUUUUCCGGUUACUUUUAUCAUUUCGUUAUCAUACGUCUUUGUUUUGAAAACUGUUCGAUAUCACGCCUGUAAAUGGACUUGUCUUCAUUGUUGUCGGGCUCAGUCUAUGUCCUGCUUACCGUUUCAGGUCUUAUUUAUAAAAGAAAACGGAGUGUUUGCCAUCACUCUACACUACAUGGUCCUAGACUAUUUCCUGGACUGUCACAUCCCCCAAUGGCUUCGGUUUUUGGUUCUGACGUGUUCUUGGGGGGGGUUUAGGCCUCAGAAAGAAAGUCAUUUGAAAUGAAAUAGGAAAGUGAUGAUUUCUAUCACAAAGAAAAAUAAAGUGAGUGAAACAUCA